AUGCAAGCUCAACCGGAGGACGCCCACAAUACAUUCUGCCCUAUGGAGUCCUACCCCACACCAUCACAGAAAGUCAUAGUACGGCGAUUCUGUCGGCUGUGUAUACGAGAACAUCCGUUUCUGCUACCGUUCGAUGCCGCAUUAAAAGAAACCACAAUCGCAAGUAUGCUUGAGCGAUUAUUGGGCGCAUUUAGGUUGGAACAAACGCCCAACUUGCCGGACGGUGUCUGUCCACGGUGUGUGACGAAGCUUGACUAUGCGUACCACGUACAGGAAGAGUUUGUACGCAACGAGCAUCGGUUGAGACACUUCCAGCAGGAGGGCAAACUGUUGUCGAAAUUGUUUGAGUAUCAAACUCAAAUCGCUGUUACGAAGGAGAACUAUACGGACCGUAUGAUCGAAGAGCACGGAAAUGGCUUGCUAGCGGAAAGAAUCGUGAUUGAUGGCAAGGAUGACGCACCGAACAUUCGUGAGGCCGAAACAACUGCUGCUACAUUGUACAAAACUGUGGAACCUCCAGCCGACUGGACGGUGGUUGCUUGUGAUUGUCCAUCGAAACCAGCAACUAGUUCCAAAAGACGAACAGUACGUCCACCAAAGCGAACGCUGCACAACCGACGUUUGCUUCGACAGACAAUUGCUGCUGCAAAUCCAACCGAUGUGAUCGUAACUCCCAUUGACCCUUGCAAAUGUUACAUCUGCAAUGCCGUACUGGAAACAGAGGAAGCACAGCGAGACCAUCUGGUGGAGCAUGUGAACAUGCUACCCCACACGUGCCCCGAAUGCUCCCGAAUGACCGAUGAACAGGGCGAAGAAGCGAAUGUUUCGCCCAUAACCUCGCUGGCAAUGUUACAGCGCCAUUAUCGGAUGCAUUCGUACCCACUCAAGUGUCCUCACUGUCCACAGCGAUAUCGGAAGCAUUCAUCAAUUUACGCACACAUUCGCUACCGGCACGAACUGUUUGAUAAUCCCGAAGGAUACACGUGUGACAUAUGUGGCGUUACGAUGCGUUAUCGAUCUUCGUUCCGCUACCACAUGCGAAUUCACUAUCACGAACAGAUGGGAACGUUUAAAUGUCAGUACUGUGAUCGCGUUUUUGGCACACGAGCCCGGCUAGAGCGUCACGAACGAGUACAUACAGGCGAACGGCCGUACGCAUGCCAUCUCUGUCCGAAAACAUUUUCCCAUUCCGGGCAACUAGCGACCCACAUAGCGCGCCACAAUAAUGAACGUGGCCACCAGUGUAUACAGUGUGGAAAAGCGUUCUUCAGCAAGGCCUUGUUGCGACAGCAUCUAACAUCACACGAAACGCACGAAACGCGAACCACUACGCACAAAAUGCGACCACGGCCCUGUUUGUACGUUGGCUGUAAGCACGUGGCUCGAACGUAUCAAGCGUACUAUCUGCAUCGCUUACGGCACGAAAUGGCCCAUCCGUGUGAUGUGUGUGGUAAACGUUUUGCGCGCGAUUGUGAGAUGAGACGACAUCGGCGUAUCUACCACUCGGUGGACCAUCCAUUUAAAUGUGAACAGUGCAGCAAAUCGUUUCUUAGCUCGCAAAGCUACCGAGAGCACAUGGAUUCGCACGCCAAUGUGCGCCGGUUUGAGUGUGAUGUUUGUGACAAAAAGUUUGUACGGCGUCGCAAUUUGGUCAGCCAUCGGAUGUCUCACAGCAACGUACGGCCGUACCGGUGUGAGGAUUGUUAUUUUGUGUCGUUUAAGUAUAAGAGCGAUUUAAAUCGACACCGGAAAGAUAAACAUAAGCAGCAAGUGGAGCAGGAAGAAGAUACGGUUACGCAAGAAGAGGAUGGGGCCGGAGAGAUUGUGCUGAUGAAUGAGGAUAUAUUGGCCAGCGGGGAUAUUGAGCUAGACGGAACCUACGGUGAGGUAAUCGAAACGGUGGAAGAAUCUAUCGUCGUUGAGCAGCCAAUUGUGGGCUUCGGUAUCGAUGAGGUGACCAAGGAAGAAUAUAUUAUAGAAUAUAUUAACCAUGGGUGAAUGAGAAGA